AUGGCGGAUACAGUGAAUAUGUCUUUAGAUGAAAUUAUAAAACAAAACAGAACAAGUAGAUCACGAGGAAGAGGUGGAGGUGGCAGCGGGAAUGUUCGUGGUCGUGGCGGUGGUAGAGGCAGAGGUGGCAGAGGUCGUGGGCGUGGAGCGAUUGCGCGUGCUAGGUCACAAACUAGAUCAAAUACGCCGGCCGGAACUAGACGUGGACGUUCCCGCUCUCGUGGUCCUGGUGGCGGCAGGUCCCAAUCACGACCCCGUUCUCAAUCACGCAAUCGCUCUCGCUCCCGACAGCGUCGUUCGAACUCCCGCGCCAGAUCCGCAUCAAGAUCUCGCUCUCAACUGAGAGGCCUGACACCUAAAGGCCGAGCGGGAUUAGAAGAACAGUCUGUCAUGCCUCAACUUGUAAGGGGCAAUCGAAUGAACAGAGGUGGUAUACGAGGAAGACUAUCACGGGCAAAUUCAAACCCCAAUCUUCAAAGCAAUGUUCAUAGCAGACUUGGUGUUACAACACGGCGAGGAAUGAAUAACAUUCGGCGACCUCUUGCUGUAGCCAAGAGAGGAAUAUCAAAACGGGGAAGAGGUUUGAGUACUGGCAAUAGGUAUAGUGCAGUAGGUUUGAGAUCAGAUCAAAUUUUAAAAGAGCGACAAAAUAUGCUCCUUCGAAACAAUAUUAUAAAAUCUCAAACUUUCACACGUUCCAGAAAUAAUUCUUUCAGUUCACCUUCCCAACUGACUGUAAGUGUUGCUAAUGAUUUUGCUAAGAAGCGUCGUAACAGUGUUGGUAAUGCUGGCUAUUUAAAUAAACAGAGUUUAGCACAAUUAAAUAAUCAGUUUGGUGGCUACAACACAAGGAGAGGUCCUGGCAGUGUUAAAUCUAUGGGAUCAAAUAGAUCAAACAGAUCUAGCAGGUCCAACCGUUCUAACAGAUCAAAUACUAGUAGAGGCUCCAACCGCUCACGAGGCAGAGGCCGUGGUGGUAACCGUGGUGUUGGCAGAAAGUUUGUGAAUAAACAAGUGCUAAAUGCUAAACUACAAAAAGAGAUAGCUGUUAUUCAAGGUAAAACAUAUGGCAGCACUGCAAAUAGUGAGGCUCCAACUGGUAUCAAUUUCUCUCCAACACCAGCUGCCACUGGACAGUCACUACAUCAGAGAUUUGCUAGUUCAUAA